CAUGGAUGUAUAGUCUCCACAAUCAAACUGUUUCUUCCAGAUGGAAUGGAAGCUCGAUUGCGAUCAGAUGUUAUCCAUGCUCCAUUACCAAGCCCUGUUGACAAGGUUGCUGCUAACACUCCCAGCAUGUAUUCUCAGGAACUGUUUCAGCUUUCACAGUAUCUACAGGAAGCCUUACAUAGGGAACAAAUGUUGGAACAGAAGCUGGCAACCCUUCAGCGACUGCUUGCUGUCACACAAGAGGCUUCAGAUACUAGUUGGCAGGCUUUAAUAGAUGAAGACAGGCUGCUGUCAAGAUUAGAGGUUAUGGGAAAUCAGUUGCAGGCAUGUUCCAAGAAUCAAACAGAAGAUAGUAUACGAAAAGAGCUUAUAGCAUUACAAGAAGAUAAACACAACUAUGAGACAACAGCCAAAGAGUCCCUGAGGCGGGUCCUUCAGGAGAAAAUCGAAGUGGUCAGAAAACUGUCUGAAGUGGAGCGGAGUUUAAGUAAUACAGAAGAUGAAUGUACUCACCUGAAAGAAAUGAAUGAGCGGACUCAGGAAGAAUUAAGAGAAUUGGCUAAUAAGUACAAUGGAGCUGUAAAUGAAAUUAAGGAUCUCUCUGACAAGCUAAAGAUAGCAGAAGGAAGACAAGAAGAAAUCCAACAGAAAGGACUGGCUGAGAAAAAGGAAUUGCAGCAUAAAAUAGAUGAAAUGGAAGAGAGAGAGCAAGAGCUUCAAGCAAAAAUAGAAGCUUUGCAGGCUGAUAAUGAUUUCACCAAUGAGCGGCUAACGGCUUUACAAGAGAACUUUCUUUCAAAGAGUGGAGGGGACUGCACUUUUAUUCAUCAGUUCAUAGAAUGUCAGAACAAGAUCAUAGAUGAAGGACAUCUAACCAAAGUGGAAGAAACAAAGCUUUUGAAAGAGAAUCAAGCAAGAGUCAAAGAAUCUGAUUUAUCGGACACUCUUAGUCCAAGCAAGGAAAAAAGCAGUGACGACACUACAGAUGCCCAAAUGGAUGACCAAGAUCUAAAUGAACCUAUUGCUAAAGUAGCUCUUCUAAAAGAUGAAUUGCAGGGUGCACAAUCAGAGACUGAGGCUAAACAAGAAAUUCAGCAACUGCACAAGGAGCUGAUUGAAGCCCAAGAGCUAGCUAGGACAAGUAAACAAAAAUGCUCUGAACUUCAAGCACUAUUGGAAGAAGAGAGAAAAGCAUAUCGAGUGCAAGCUGAAGAAUCUAACAAGCAAAUAAAUGUUCUUCAAGCUCAGUUGCGAAGGUUACAAGAAGAUAUUGAGAGUAUUCGAGAGGAAAAGGAGAACGAAAUUUCAAGCACUCGAAGUGAAUUAGUCAGUGCUCAAAAUGAGAUUCUGUCACUUCAACAAGUGGCUGAAAAAACAGCAUCAGAACGAGAUACAGAUAUUUGUGCAUUGCAAGACGAGCUGCAGACAGUGCGAGCGGAACUCGAACGGUGGCGGAAAGAUGCCUCAGAAUAUGAAAAAGAAAUAGUGAGUCUGAAAGCCAGCUUUCAGCUCAGGUGCCAGCAGUGUGAGGAUCAGCAGAAGGAAGAGGCUACUCGCUUAAAAGGUGAACUUGAAAAGUUGAAGGCAGAGUGGAAUGCUCUGGAAGCUGAGUGUGUUACACUAAGGAAGGAAAAUACCUUGCUUGCAUCUGAACUUCAGCGACAGGAGAAAGAACUUUCUAGCUCUCAGAAACAGAGUUUAGCACUAACCAGUGAUAUAAGUGUUCUUGAAAUGUCUCGAAAGGAACUUGAAAAUCAGAUGGGAUCUUUGAGAGAAAAACAUCAACGAGAUGCAGCUAGUCUAAAAAGCCAACUCAACGAAGCUGAGAGUCAAGCAAAAGAUGUUCAGAAAGAGUAUGAAAAAACACAGGUUGUGCUCUCGGAGCUGAAGGCAAAGUAUGAAAUGGCUGAACAAGAAAACCAGUCACUCACAGAAGAGCUUAAACAAUGUAAAGAAAACCUGAAGCUGCUACAAGAAAAAGGAAACAAUAGACAAUGGCCUUGGAUGCCUGUGAUGGCAGCUUUGGUUGCUGUGACAGCCGUGGUGCUGUACCCAGGCCUAACCAGAGCUUCUCCAUGAGAACUGUUGUUGAAUCCAUACACCGUCCUCCCUUUAGAAGCUGGCAACAUUCAUAUACUGAGGGAAAACUGAUUAAUUCUCUUUCUUUUUACCUCUUAAUACAGCACAGCUCUGCGUGAGAACAGCAGUAGGGUCAUUUGCUUUAAACUGUAUAAAAUGUAUCUGUCUAUAAAAGAGGGAAUAAAAUUGUGAUUCAUCAUAC